UUGCCCCGCGUGAGUUGCCGUACUCAAAACAAGCCUGUGAUUGGUCAAUCCGAGCCUCGUGCCGCAUAGUGUCGUUGUAUGAACGUCCCGCAACAUCCGAACAUCAAACUAAGCUUAAACUAAGUCAAAAUGAGUCUGAGGAAACAAACGCCCAGUGACUUUUUGAAGCAGAUCAUCGGCAGACCCGUGGUAGUCAAACUCAACUCUGGAGUGGAUUACAGAGGUGUUCUGGCGUGUCUGGACGGCUACAUGAACAUCGCCAUAGAGCAGACGGAAGAGUACGUGAACGGGCAGCUCAAGAACAAAUAUGGAGAUGCUUUUCUGAGAGGAAACAAUGUUCUCUACAUCAGCACCCAGAAGAGGAAAGUUUAGCGGCGGCCAUUUUAUGUUGAGUUUGUAGUUCUCUGUGCGAGUUUGGUUCUGUGAAAACGUAAGCGAAUAAUGUUUAGUUUUGUGAAUUUGUGUCGAAAUUUUGGAAACGCAUUUUUUUUUUUUUUUACUCAGGCCUGUUUAUUUCCUCGUUAUCACUGUUCAUCAAAAGUCCCAAAAAAGUUUAACAGCUUUUGUAAUCUAGAAAUCCUGGAAAAUUAAUUGUACUUAAAAUUAAAUUGCUUUUUUUGUUGUUGUUGUUGUUUACUGAUCCAAAAUGAAGCCCUUUGUUAAACAGAAUUCCAAACGUGUGGAGCUUGUUUAAUUGUUUUCUUCUUAAUUAAAGACAUGUUUGUGUA